AUGAAAAACUCAGAAAAACUGAUUUGGGAACAAAUGAAGAGUCCUAAAUCUGGCACCCCUAUUGGAAAUGGAGGUGUAUUAGUAACUGCAUCUGCACAUUCCAGAACCUCUCAUAAACUUCUAGUCUUACUCAUCCUCUUCGUUUCCAUUACCUACGUUCUCUACUCGCUUAAGCUCGUCUCAACUUCACGCGCUUGCCGAGAAAAUACACUCUUCUCCUCCACCGACACUAAACUCUCUGCUUCCGUCAAUGCCACCGCAACAACCACCACCACCGCCAUCCGCCUCAACGACGACGACGACAAGACGCAACUCCGCCACGUAGUUUUCGGAAUCGCGGCAUCGGCGAAGCUAUGGGAGCAGAGAAAGAACUACAUUAAGCUUUGGUACAGAUCAAAGGACAUGCGUGGUGUAGUGUGGCUGGACAACAAAGUGAGAACGGAGAAAAACGAGAGUCUCCUCCCUCCGGUGAGAAUCUCCGGCGACACAUCGAAAUUCGCUUACAAGAACAAGCAAGGACACCGGUCAGCUAUCAGAAUCUCGCGAAUCGUAACCGAGACGCUUCGUCUUGGAAUGAAAGACGUGCGGUGGUUUGUAAUGGGAGACGACGACACCGUUUUCGUGACGGAUAAUUUAGUUAGGGUUUUGAGAAAGUACGAUCACAAUCAAUUUUAUUACAUCGGAAGUUUAUCGGAGAGUCAUUUGCAGAAUAUUUUCUUCUCGUACAAUAUGGCUUACGGUGGCGGUGGAUUUGCGAUAAGCUAUCCUUUGGCGAAAGCGCUGAGCAAGAUGCAAGAUCGGUGCAUUCAGAGGUAUCCGGGAUUGUACGGUUCCGAUGAUAGAAUGCAAGCUUGUAUGGCGGAACUCGGUGUUCCACUCACUAAAGAAACCGGGUUUCACCAGUAUGAUGUGUAUGGGAACUUGCUCGGUCUUCUUGGAUCUCAUCCCGUGACUCCGUUAGUGUCACUGCACCACCUUGACGUGGUUGAACCAAUCUUCCCGAAUGUGACUCGUGUAGAAGCACUCCAGCGGUUAACAAUACCAAUGAAGCUUGACUCUGCAGGGCUUAUGCAACAAUCCAUCUGCUACGACCCAUCAAAGAGCUGGACUGUUUCUGUUUCAUGGGGUUUUGCCGUUCAGAUAAUUCGCGGCGUUUUCUCACCCCGGGAGAUGGAAAUGCCUGCAAGAACAUUCUUGAAUUGGUACAAAAGAGCAGAUUACACUGCAUAUGCAUUCAACACGCGACCUGUUAGUCGUCAUCCAUGCCAGAAGCCUUUUGUAUUUUACUUCUCAAAGGCAAACUACAAUGAUACAAUGCAACAAACACUGACAGUAUACGAAAAGCAUCGAGUCCCUAACCCAGAAUGUCGGUGGAAGAUGGCCAACCCUUCUUCUAUUGAGCGAGUAGAGGUACAUAAGAAGCCAGAUCCACAACUAUGGGAUAGGUCUCCAAGGAGAAACUGUUGCAGAGUUAUGAAGUGGGAGAAGAAAGGAACCAUGGUGAUAGAUGUGGGUGUGUGUAGGGAAAAUGAGGUAAGUGAAGCAUAG